GUUUCAAGAUGGCGGCUGCGCAGAUAACAAUGGCGAGAAGGCGAAGAGGGUCUGGGGGACUGUGAAGCGGGAGGGCUGGUUGCAGGGAACAGGUUGCUCUCAUCGUUUCUCUCCCCAGAUGGCGGAUUUUGUGGUUCCCCGGCACAGCGCGGUGAUGGAGCGCCUCCGCCGGCGGAUAGAGCUGUGCCGGCGGCACCACGGGAACUGCGAGUCCCACUACGAUGCAGUGGCCGGAGAGAGGCUGGAGAUAGAGCGGCAGCACACCUUCCAGCUGCACCAGCGCUGCCUGCAGGCCAAGGCCAAGCGAGCCGGCAAGCACAGGCAGCAGCCGCCUGCCAACACGGACGCUGCGCGGAGUAACCAGGCCAGCAGCGGCACCAUGGAGCCGGGAGACGGAGGCAGCAACGGGGAGCAGUGCAGGAACAGCACCCUGAUCGCGCAGCUUCAUGAAACCGUUAAAAGAAAGCUGGAUAGUGCAGCUUCGCCUCAAAAUGGGGAUCAACAAAAUGGAUUUGGUGAUAUCUUCUCAGUGUCCAAGAAGCUCCGACAUGAUGAUGGACUAACAUCAGUGAUUGGAUCAUCGAAUGGGAUGCCUCCAGUUUCUCCCUUGCAUCAGCUGGAUAGUAAGCCUCCCAAUGGAGAUUCUUUGCAGUUAAAUGGCAGCCAUUCAAUUGGACUUGAUGGUGUCAGUAAAAAGUGUCUCCCAGAUGCUGGUUUGCAGCUAAAUGGUAAUGGAGAUGCUGAUGACUUCACACUUUGCCUUGGCAAAGAAAUGAAACAGGAGCCCGUGGAUGACUUGCCAUGUAUGCUUUCUGGAGUUGGUGGGUCCAUGUCUCAAAAUAAUUUGAUGCCAGACCUUAACCUGAAUGAACAGGAAUGGAAGGAACUCAUCGAGGAACUUAACAAAUCUGUUCCUGAUGAGGAUAUGAAGGAUAUUUUCAAUGACGACUUUGAGGACAAAAAGGACAAUGACGCCUCAAAUUCUGCUACACAGACCCCAUCAACACAAGACAUUCACAUCAAAACUGAGUUUUCUCCUGCAGCAUUUGAGCAGGAUUCCCUUGGGUCACCACAAGUCAGGUCACCACAAGUCAGGUCACCACAAGUCAGGUCGUCACCUUUUGGUGGAGCUAAUUCAGUGCCUACAAGCAGUUCAUCUCCAGUGGUAGGUGGUUCCCAGACGGUGUUCCAGCAGUCUUCUGGGACAGAAUCAUCCAACCAGACAGCAAUGCAGCCUCCAAACCAGUCGCAGAAUGUGCAGAGACCUUUACCCAAUGUAUUAAUGAGUGGACAGGGUGCUGGAACUACCAAAGAGAUGUCCUCAACGCACCAACUUCAGCAGAUUGCAGCUAAGCAAAAGAGGGACCAGUUGCUGCAAAACCAGCAGCAGGCUCAGCAGGUCCAUCAGUCAAAUCAAAUGACCAACUGGCAACAGUCAAGAUCUUCUCAAAGUCCUCUAGGUGUUCCGUAUAGCAUGGACAAACCAACCAGCCCUUCUGUUUACCAACAAGACUUUAAUAACCAGAAACUUAUGAUGCCUAAAAUGAACAAAAAUUCCCCCCGUGGGGGAGGCUCCUACAUGCAGCCCAACCACGUAAACAUGAUUGGUCAUAAACCAUCGAGCAGUUUAAAUCCCAACCAUUCUGUAGGUCCCAAUGCCAUGCUGGAUUAUGGCAACACCAUACCCCUCUCACAUUAUGAGGCAGACUGUGGUCCAGGGGUUGUAACCCAAAAUCAGAACAAGAAUGUAAUGAUAUCAUAUCUCCAGCAGAGGCAGCAGCAGUCCUCGCAGCAGCAAUUGCCUCCAAUGACAGAGGAACAGAGCCGAAUGUUUAUGAUGAAACAGAAGGCUGGAAUUCCUUAUAGACCAUUAGUAUCACAUGGGCAGGACCAGAAUCCUCAGCCCAAUGUGGCUCGUGUCCCUGUGUCUGUGGGAGGACCUGGUGUGGUGGCACAGCCCCCUACUGUGUCUAUGGCUGGUAACCAUGGAAAUGCACCUUACUUGAACAGUCAACAGCAAGCCCUGAUGAAACAGCAGCAACAACAGCAGCUUCUCCUAGAACAGCAGAAACAGCGAGAGCAGAAGCAGCAGUUACUCCUGGAGCAGCAGAAACAGCAGUAUCUUCUCGGUCAGCGACAGCAGCAACAGCAGCAGCUGCUUGCAGAGCAGGAGAAGCAAAGGCACCAACAGGAGCAACUACAGCGGCACCUUACCAGACCUCCUCCUCAGUACCAGGACCAGCAGCAGAAUUCAUAUCCACAGCAGACAGUAGGCCCUUUUCCAGGGUCAACUUCAGUUAUGCCUGGGGUGAACAAUAUGGCGCAUCAGACUUCAGGAAGUCCACGCAUGUUUACUCAGUCACAGCCUAUGCUUCAGAUGGGAGGGGGGCAUGCCGCAGUUCCACCCUUGUCUUCUGUUGCAAAUUCUCAAGAACGAGCUGUUUCCCAAUACCCCAAUAUGCAGAAUGUGCAGCGUAGCGGAAUGUACAAUAUGGGAUCCGGUCUCCCACAGAUGGUUCAAAAUCAUGCAGCACAGGGUAACAUGUCUAAUGGACAGCCACAGAUACAGAGGCAGCCAAACAUGGGUCAAGGAAACACACUACCCACUGGUUAUGGACCAAACACUAUGGCAAAUUCUGCUCUGGCAGCACAGCAUAAUAAAGCAGGGAUGAACCCUGCUAUAUCUAAGAGCCAGAUGCCAAGAAUGCCUGCCAUGGCAUCUCAAAAUCCAGGGUGGCAACAUCAACAAAUCCAAAACAUUAACAAUCAGGCUCAAGGAAAUACUGGCUUGAGUGCAUUCAAUGCUGCCAAUCCUGGUUUUCAUCUCCAGCAGAAUCACCACAAGAUACCUAACCAACCAUUUGUCCAGGGCCUUCCACAAGUUGGUCUAGGAGCUGGUCGACCUAUGAACUCGUUGAACGGUUCCGUCCCUGGUCAGAUGAUGCAAAAUAUGGCUUCCCAACAAAGGACAAAUCCUGCCACUCAGCAGCCAACACCUAACCAGCAGGUCCUACCUGUGAUGAACCAAGCAGUGCCAGACUUGACAGCGUUCAGCCAGAACCCAGGUCAACAAAUGGCUAACAGAGUUGGGCUUCAUUGUAAUCAAAAUUACCAGGUUAGAGCAACAGGUCAGGACAUGCAGUUUGGAUUUGGUGGACAGUCGGGCAACGCUGGGUUACAGAACUUGUCAGGGGACGCAGAUUUGUUGGACUGCUUGCUCAAAGACAGGACUUCGGCAGAAGAGUGGAUGAAUGACUUGGAUGAGUUUUUGGGGAACCAUUGAUACAGAGCCUGGGAUUUUUUACAUAAUGGUUUUGAGAACAUUUUGGUGCAUUUUAUGAAAAAAAUAUGAAAAACUUAAAUGUAAAUUUUCUUUGGACCAAAAACCUGUGCCAUUGAGAUGCUGUUGUUCUUGAGGCUGGAACAUACAAUGGCCUGCUGCUUCCUUUCCUACCCCUGUUGACCACAAAUGCCUGGAGCAUAUGUGGGUUUUUCUGCUCGCCACUGCCCGUCUGUCAUUAAUGAUGGCAGGACCCCUCUCCCUAUCUCUACAAAUGCCUUAUUUUUCAUAAGCACUGUGGGGAUUGGUAGGUCCUCAGUAGCAGAGAGCCAGUUGAAUGCUACUUUUUUGUUUUGUCCUGUAUUUGUAAGCUAUAGCUUAAAUCUCAUCACUGUGUUUACCCCUGGUUGCGGCAACUUCAUCACAAAACCCCAUUAUUGCUGUACCUCGCCCCACUGUGAAAUUGCCCACCAGAGAUGUGCUCUGUUUCUUCUUUGGGUGGCUGAGAAGCUGUUUUGUUCCUAAGGCCUUAUCUGUAAACUUCACGAUUCCUUUUUAUUUUUGUAAUAUCUAGAAGAAUAUUCACUGUUGGAGCUUUAGGAAAGAACAGCAGCUCCAGCUCCCAACUCUGUGCCCUGUAUAUGUAUUAUAUAAUCUUGCAUUUUUAUUGAUGAUCUUAAAAAGUUGUUCCAUCACUGUUCCAGUUGUACACCCCUUCGUUCAAUAAUUACUAGAAAAAUGAGUUUAUGAAAAACAAACCUGAAGAAUGAGAUGGAAAGCCUCCUGCUGUCCUACAGUGAGAAGGAAUUAUGUUGAGAUUUGCUACAUUGCAUUUAAAAUUCAGUCAGUUGCUCCUUAGCAACAUACCAGAAACAGUUACUUUGUUGGUAAUAGAACAUGCAGAAAAAAUUACUGAAGAAUAUUGCUAAGGAUCAACUGACCUAGUAGUAAAGGAACACUAAACGAAGCAUAAAAGUAAGAAAUAAUAAAGUGCCCAAAAUGUUUUGUUUUGUAGGAAUGUUGCAGAAUACACCAAUCUUUAACUUCCUUUUGUUCCCUUUCCUUAUCACCUGGCCUUUUACUAUAGUAGUGGGAGAGAGGUUGUGCUGUGGCCAGUUGCCUUACAGAGAGAGAUUUAUAACCUGAGUGAGCAGGAUUGAUGACCAUUUGGAACAUGUAUAUAAGGUUUGUGUAUUUCUAGCAGUUGUGAUUUAUCCAGUCUUCUCUUGCAAAUGAAAGCUCUGUUUGAAAUCCUGCUGAUCAGCACAUUGGGUGCCCCAUUAUAUUCAGGCAAUAGAUCCUAUGAGAAUAAUUGCAAAUAACAAAAAUUCUACCAACACCUUCUACUGACUGGAUACACUACGAUGUACAAGUUGUAUAGAUAUGGCGCCAUCCAAACACAUACAUUGCCAGAUGUUAACUAUAUGGAUCUUGCUUCCAUUAAAAAACACCUUUAUACACAUAUAAAACUAUGCAAUGAUGAGAUUUCCUGCUGUCCUAUGUUCAUCAUUUGGUAUAGCUCUAGUUUAUUUGGCUCCCACAUCACAUACAGUCUUUCACAUUGUAUGGAGUGUAACCAGGGUGCUGGCAGUGGGCUCAUUGAACCUAAUGUGUACCUGUACUUUCAGUAAACGUUUGAUAUGUCUAAGGGACAUAUCAAAAGUUUAGAUCAGUGGGGGGUCUAAGUGCUGAGACCCCCGCGACCUCUAGAAUGAGGGGAAAGAAGCGCUUCUAUCGCCUCGUAGCAUGAGGCAGGCUCAUAGACUUUCCUCCUGUCCUCCAGUGAGGAAAGGGCACGCUAAGCAAGCCGUUCUCUCCCCCCGUUCUAGAGAUUAAUGGGGGUCUCAGCGCUCAGACCUUCACCGAUCUAAACUUUCUCUAUGAAAUAUCAAACGUAUACUGAAAUUACAAACAAGUGAAAAUGAAGUUACUUGUCAGUUGAAAAAUGAGUUAUAACAUUGUUGACCCUUCUUAUAACCUAACAUCUUAUUACACAAAUACAUUUUUGAGGAGAUCUGCUCCCUCCCCAUUAGAAUCUCAACUGGUUGGGUUGAUUUAUUACUUUGUCCACUUUUUUUUAUUGCAAAUCUAGCUGUGAACUUGUCUUGAGUUGUAGACAAUGACCUAAAACUAGGAGGUAACAUAACAGUUAACCUGUUUAUUACUGUACAUUAGACCUGAGAUUUUCUUAACUUCUGACCAGUCCAUGAUUUUUCACCAUUGUGCCUUUUAGAAGCUGUGGCAGGACUUCUGUACUGUUAAAGAAGUCUGUGCAGCCUAUAGUUCCCCAGUAAUGUUAGGCUAGUUUUUGUCAGGGCCCUUAAAUUGUCUUAUUAAAUGUUGCAUAGGUGUUGCCCUUAAAGGGCUUUUCCUAGAUAAUAUUGAUGUACUAGUCUUAGGAUAGGCCAUAAAUAUCUGAUCGGUGGGGGUCCGAUUCUCAAUAUCCCUACCGAUCAGCGGCUUGAAGAGACCACAAUAGUUGGGUGAGCACUGCAGCCUCUUCACGGUCUACACUGCACUGUACUCCUAAACGUCAUACACAUAGCAGCAUGUCUUCUGAGUAUUGCAGUUUUGUCUCACUCACUUGAAUGGCACAAGGCUACAGUACCCAGUGCAGCCCACUACCAAGUUUCCUGGGUACAGAACAAUAUAUUUUAAUUACUGCAAUUGACUAGUCUUUUGUGGUUUUUGAUUUAUAACGUAAAAAAGGGGUUGAGUGUGGGGUAAGGCAGUCAUUUUUUUUUUGUAGAUCGAUGCCCACGUUUUUGAAAAUAAAGUGGACUAGUCUUCUGUAUUCCAUCCUUUGUACACUAAUGAUGGGUUUAUGGGUUUGCAGAGUAGUUAACUUAAAGGACUUUCUGUGAGCAGACAGUAAACUGUGGAAGUUACUGUAUUCUUUCUUACACUAGAGAUCUGGAGGGAGUGACAAACCAUCAUUUUUAGAAACUUUGGUUAUUUCCCCUUCUAGCUCUGUAUUUCUUCCUGUAGAUGACAGUUAUGGAACACUUGAGUACAUUUCCACAGUUGUGCUGAUGUGGCUCCAGUCUAUACAAAUUUUUUCUAAUUAUGCAUUUAACAAUUCUGCACCUCCAGAGAGGCCUGUAUGACGCUUGAGAAGUCAGUGAACACUUCCAAGCAAAUGGAUUGUGGCAUCUCAUGAAUUUGGUGUUUUUAUGGUAAAAAUGUCUGCCUCAAUUAUGUUUGUGAUACAGGUAAUCCAGAACCAAUGAAAUUCUUGAAUAGAAAGGAAAUAUGAAAAUUGCAGAUGUCAAUAUUGCCCAAUAUGGUCACGGAUAGUAUAUACCGUAUUUAUCGGCGUAUAACACGCACUGGCGUAUAACACGCACCC